AUGAACUCAUAUUAUCAUCAAUUUAAUUUCUCUGAGCUCGAUAACAGUUUUCGUCAGCAUACACCUUCGAUGACUCUAGAUUUUUCAAGUGGAAUUCGUAAAUCUCCUCAAAUUUCAACCCUUAAGUUAUCUUCAAGAAGGACAAGAAGUAACUCAAAGGAAAAUCAAGAUUACAGUAUAAGACCAAAGUCAGUAAUCACUGCAAGCUCAUCAAAUUGUCAUCAUUUAAAAGCUGAUAGCUAUACCUCAAUAAAUAAAUCAGUUAUUUUGAAGCCAAAUUAUUAUGUAGGGGAUGCAACUUCAGUUAGAAAAAAAAGUCCGUCGAUCCUGAAGAAAUUUAUUUUCAAAAAGCCACAAGUAGAUAUUUCAAAACCUCCAAAAUCAUCACAUAAAGAAAAAAGAAAAAUUGAGGUUGCGUGGAUUCAUUAUUUGCCAACGUAUGACGAUCUAAAUGUGGAAUGAAAAAAUUAUAUGUUUCGACCCACAACAUUGAGAAACUCACAAAAAAAAUCAGAAAUUGCCAAGAGAAAUAUAAAUUUCCCUGAUUUAAGGCCAAUUUCUGCAGAUUUUAAUAGAGAAAGUUCAAUAAUUCAUGUAAAAAAGUGUAAAGAGAGAAAUGUUAAACCAGCUUCAGUACCAAGAAGAAUUGUAGUUUGCUCCAAAACAAGUUCAGAAGUUCAAACAGAAGCUGAAGAUGAUGACUCUGAUAUCAUUGAACCCUACUUUGAUUUGCCAAUCAAUGAACGAGAUGUAGCAGAAGAAGAAAGCCCAACUCGCCAAUAA